AUGAGCACAGGGAAGCCCAGUGGGCUUAAGCCGCCCAGCAAGAUUGGCAGGCCGGCGGGGGUGCCAACCAAGACCUCUCCUACCUCCGCUGGCCCAAAGCCUGCAACAUCCCCCAACGCUGGCACCUCUGUUGCUCAAGAGCUAGUGACAGACUUCCACGUGGGCGAGAGGGUGUGGGUCAAUGGAAACAAGCCAGGGUAUGUGCAAUUUCUAGGAGGCACGCAGUUUGCACCAGGCCAGUGGGCCGGGAUUGUUCUGGAUGAACCGAUUGGCAAGAACGAUGGCUCUGUUGCCGGCGUGCGGUACUUCCAGUGCGAAGACCUGCGAGGAAUUUUCACCCGGCCCUCCAAACUUUCCCGGACCCCCGUCGCGGAACAGGAGGCCAACGGAGCGCAGGCAGCUCCUGUCUCGUCGGCUGCCGGCUCCACUGCCCCCACAGGUCAGAACUGCCCUAAUGUCACUGCCCCUAGUGUCGCUGCCCCUACCGCCACUGCCAACAAUGCUGCCGACGCUUCCACUGCCGCCAAGGCGCCUACAAACCUGACCGCGGUAGCCAGCGAGUCGGUCUCCAACCUGUCGGAGACCGACUCAGCCAAGAAGGGAAAACGAGAACUGAAGCUCGGAGACCGUGUGCUGGUUGGUGGGACCAAGGCAGGCGUCGUCCGUUUUCUUGGUGAGACGGAUUUCGCCAAAGGAGAAUGGUGCGGAGUGGAGCUGGACGAGCCGCUCGGCAAAAACGAUGGGGCUGUGGCUGGAACGAGGUAUUUCCAGUGUCUGCCCAAGUAUGGCCUGUUUGCCCCGACGCACAAGGUCACACGCAUUGGAUUCCCGUCCACGACUCCGGCAAAGUCCAAAAGCUCCAGGCGUAAGUCGACCAUGAAGCACAGUCCCAGUGCGUCCUCCAUCAGUUCACUGAGCUCGGUGACCUCCUCUGUGGGCGGAAAACCCAGUCGAGCUGGGCUGCUCACGGAAACGUCUUCUCGAUACGCCAGGAAGAUUUCAGGCACCACUGCGCUGCAGGAGGCUCUGAAGGAGAAACAGCAGCACAUAGAGCAGUUGCUGGCGGAGCGAGACCUGGAGAGGACGGAGGUCGCCAAGGUGACAAGCCAGGCAGGAGAGGUGCAGCAAGAGCUGGCCCUGCUUAGACAAGGCCAAGAGCAGUAUGCCCUUGAGAUGGAAGCCAAGUUGGACCAGUUGCGUAGACUGGUGGAGACUGCAGACAGAGAUAAGGUGGAGCUGAUGAACCAGCUGGAGGAGGAGAAGAGGAAAGUAGAGGACCUUCAGUUCCGAGUUGAAGAAGCUUACAUUGCCAAAGGUGACUUAGAGACGCAGACCAAACUGGAGCAUGCUCACAUUAAGGAACUUGAACAGAGCCUUCUCUUUGAAAAGACCAAAGCUGACAAACUCCAGAGGGAGUUAGAAGACACUAGGGUGGCCACAGUGUCAGAGAGAUCCCGGAUCAUGGAGUUGGAGAGGGAGGUGGCUGGGCUGCAGUCGCAGCUCAAGUCCUGUAAGAAGACGGAGGGACCUGAAUCUACCUCACCUCCUCUACAUGAGAACAAGAUCAGAGAACUCAGCACGGAGCUGGAGGCCAGACAGAAGGAACUUUUUGCCCUGCAGCAGAAGCUAAACUCUUUUGAAUUGGAGAAAUCUACUCUUCAGCAGCAACUGGAGAGCUUGAUGGAGAAGACCGCGGCGGCAGACGAGGCGAAAGUCGAGCAGCUGCGUGCAGACAAAGCGACGCUGGAGAGGGACGUGACCGCCCUGAAACAGCAGGAGAAGGUUCUCCACGAGGACCACAAAAAGGAAGUGGAGGAGCUUCGAGACAGAGUGCGGCAGGCGGAGGGAGAGCUGGACAAGGCUAGAGAAAGAACCGGAAUCCUCGAACGGCAGGUGGCGGAGCUGCAGCCUUACAAAGACAAAGCCCAGAUGGCAGAGUCGGCCAAGGAGACAGCCCAGGCUCUGGAGCAGCUGACUAAAGAGCACGCUGCGCUGAAGAAACAGUUUGAAGCUUUGAAGCAGCAGAACUCAAAGUAUAAGGAGGAGUUGAGCCUGUCGAAGGAGCAGCUGUGUACGGGGACGCAGCGCAUCGGGAGCCUGUGCAGAGAAAUUGAGGAGCUAAAACUAGCAGCCAAUCAGUCCCACCGGCUGGUGGCUCUGCAGGAGGAGAAGGCAACGUUGGCUCAGGAGUGGGACGUUAGCCGGCAGGAGGGCCAUGUUCACCAGAAGACUGAAGAUGAGCGUUCGGUUGACGCCGGCCAGCUAGAGACAAAGAAGAGGGAGAACUCAAACGCAUCAAUGUCUGACAAGGACAAAGAGCUGGAAACGCUGAGGAAUGAGAUUGCGGUGCUGCGUGGGGAAAACGCUGUGGCCAAAACGCUGCAGGCGGCAGUGAAGUCCCUGGAGAAGGACAAGGCCCAGCUCCAGAGGAGGGUACACAGCCUGGAAGAGAGACUGGAAGGGAGAGAGCCGACACAGGGCGAGGGGGGGACCUCAGGUGAUACAGCUCUGGACCAACUCAGAGAAGAGAAGGAAUUCGCAGAAGGACAGAUCAACUUCCUCAACUCAGUCAUCGUGGACCUUCAGAGGAAGAACGAGGAGCUGAAAGUAAAACUGGAGAAGAUGGUCUUAACGGAGUUUAAUGGAAACGAUGAAAAUGACGGUUUCGGCGGGGAGAGGUCGAAAAAGAAAGCCCCCCCGCGUGUCUUUUGCGACAUCUGCGACUGCUUCGAUUUGCACGACACGGAGGACUGCCCCACCCAGACGCAGUCUCCUGACUCCCCCCCGCACACGACCUACCACGGGAGCAGGGGGGAUGAGCGGCCCUACUGUGACAUCUGUGAGGCGUUCGGUCACUGGACCGAUUCCUGUAACGACGACCAGACCUUCUGA